CAGAAUUCUCUUCUCAUAAGAGUCUUUUCGCUAUUCAUUUUAAGAGAUUUUUUCAAAGAUAUCCACAUUUACCUUUUCAUCUUAGAAAACAGUUUUUUCAAGGUUCAUCGAGAGAACUAGUUUCCACAGUUGAGGAAAAGAUGACAAUGCUUAAAAAAUUGCCUGAAGAAGUCUUAAAUUUAUGGAACAAUUGGGAGAUUCGAGGAAUGGUUUUGCUUAGUCUCUUACUACAAACCAUCCUCAUCGUAUUUGGGUCUCGGCGAAAGACCAAUGCCGGAAGCUGGAUCAGGAUUCUCGUUUGGUCUGCAUAUCUAUCAGCAGACGUGGUGGCAACUGUUGCAUUGGGUAAUCUAGCCAGGAGCCAAGGAGAUUCAUCAGGUGAAAGUUCAGAGAAAGCAAACAAUUCCAUCCAGGCAUUUUGGGCACCUUUUCUACUCCUGCACCUUGGUGGCCCAGACACAAUCACUGCAUACUCGAUUGAAGAUAACGAGUUGUGGAAACGACAUUUACUUGGUCUUGUAUUCCAAGUCGGAGUGGCUUUUUAUGUCUUCUCAAGGUCCUGGGGUAGUGGUAUCCUCUCAUUCAUAGCAAGCCCAAUGUUCGUUGUUGGCAUUGCAAAGUACGCAGAGAGGACUUGGGUGCUCUGGUCUUCAUGCUCCAAGAGUUUGAAAAACUCUUCUCUCUCAGAUUUUUGGGAUUCUUAUGAUCGUAUGAUAAUAAGAACCCCUCCACAAGACCAACAGCGAGAUUAUCUUCUUCAAGCUUAUGUUUUUUCAUAUAUAUCCAAGUUCAUGAUGCAGGAUCUUGUCGCUGGCAUUCUUCCACUAAUAAGAAGCCGGGAUCUGAUUUCCAAGAAUGAAGCAGACGGUGCCUUCAAGGUGGUAGAGGCUGAGCUUGGAUUGAUAUAUGAUAUGCUUUAUACUAAAGCGCCUCUGAUUUACUCCCGUAGCGGAAUCAUUCUUCGCUUUAUCAGCUCUCUGCUCUCUGUUACUGCGUUUAUUACCUUCCAGGUCAAGAUUGACAAGCAUGACUACUCAACGACCGACAUUGCGAUUACGUAUUUAUUGUUUGCGGCCGCAGUUUUUCUGGAGUUUUAUGCUUUUUUAUGCCUUUUUUUGUCUGACUGGACAAUGAUUUGGUUGAUUGAUAAAGGAGGGAACGGCCUGACUAAUGCAACUUAUUCUCUGAUAAGGAAGUUAACUAGAAGCGAGAGGUGGUCGAGAUCCAUAUCACAGUAUAACCUGAUAAGCUCUUCCAUUGAAAGAGAGCCACCUAAAUUCUUGGAAUUUCUGGGAAUCGAUGAAAUGAUGAGGCAGAUGCAUGUGAAUCGGAAAGAUUUGAAUGUUGAUCUACAGGGUUUUAUUUUCGGACAUCUUCGAAAGAAAGCUCAGAAGAUUAAGGAAGAUUUGCAUGUCUGUGAUAUGAAUCACAGAAGCAAAAUAAUAGGUCAGAGGGGAGAUGGUGUGCUAGAAAGAGAGGGACUGUUACGGGACUACAAGUGGUGCACGACUGAAGUAGAAUUCAGUCGGAGCAUUCUUGUCUGGCAUCUUGCAACAGAUAUUUGUUAUCUUGUUGAUAUGAAAGAAGCAGAUGCUUAUCUGAAUAAAGAUGGAAGCAAUGUCUCCACAGAAUAUGAAACAAGCAGAUGCCUAUCUGAAUACAUGAUGUAUCUUUUGGUGAUAAGACCAAGUAUGCUCUCUAAAGGAUUCGGUGAUGAGGCAUAUCAACGUACCUUGCAAGGCUUGCGGGAUCAAAAAGAUCAUGGUGAUGAUUAUGAUGUGGAGGUACAUCGUGCCUUGCUGGAAUUGCGCAACAGUGAAUCACGUGUUUCUGAUAGUGAGGAAUUUCAAGCUCUCUGGAAAACAGAAAAGUCAGCGCUAGUCGGUGUGAUUGUGCUCGCCAAUCAAUUGCUUUCAUUGGAACCCGAGAAGCGAUGGGAGACGAUAAAUGAAGUUUGGGUAGAAAUGGUAGCAUAUGCAGCAGCUCAUUGUCCAUGGAAAGAACAUACUCAACAACUGAGAAGAGGUGGAGAGUUACUCACUCAUGUCUCCCUUCUCAUGCUACAUCUUGGCUUGACCGCACAGUACGAAAUUAAUGCAUACGAAUAUAAAGAAUUGGAUUUAUUGACACGGGAGGAGCAAAAAGAAUAUGACCACGCUAGAUACAAAUAUUGGACAGGUAUUGAAGCCACGUCAGGGUCGAGCCCCGAUGAGGUAUGUUCCACUUCCAUCUCAAUACUUUAAAACCUUCCAAUUUAUCAAAACCUUAAACUUUCAAUUUUCCUUGCAUCUCUCUUUUACUUCCUCUUAUAUACCCGCUCUCAUACACCCAUAGAUGUUAUU